GGUAAAAUAAAAAUAAAAGAAAUAUUCAAGACAUAGGCGUUUUUAAUAUUUCUAUCUAGUAUAUACUAUUUUAGGUAUAACACUAUGCCUUUUGUUAUCAUUUAAAUAAAGUGCCAUAGGAUGCCCUUAUAAGAAAUUACUACCACUUGUUAGUAUAUCAUUAAUAUUAAAUUUUGCAAAACAUCAAUUUUUACUCAUAAUAAUGAACAAUUUUUUAAAAUUGACGACUUCAUUGUGAAAGUUAAAAUAAACUAUUCCAUAAGCUUCAGAACAAUAGUUAUUACUUAUAAAUUGUCAACUUUUAAUGAUAAUAGCUUAUUAAUUCAAAUUGUAGUCAUCAAUAGUUAUAUAAGAAUUUAUAAAAUUAUUUAAUAAUAUUGUAAGUACAAUGUUAGUCGAAUAAGAUGUAUAUACUUACUAAUUUUUCGAAAUUUAUGAAACGGUCAUUUUUCGACAUUACUAUAGUUCAGUAGAAGCUUCGAUUUAACCGGGUAAUUCGUAUCAGUUUGACGUAAAUAAAACAUAUAUGGAAUUGUUUUUUAAUGUGUUGGGAAUUAUUUAACUUACACGUUGUAAAUAAACAUAGUAAAAACAAAUUUACAGAAUUAGUGCAACACGCGAUGUUAAAACAUUUUUACGUGAAUUAAAAUUGAACAAAUUUCAAAACAACUGCCAAGUAGGAAUAUGUUCGUUUCGGAUAAUAUAUUAAAUAUUUUAUAGGAAAAAAUUCGUUUAAUCGAUCAUAUUGUUGUUUACUUAUAGUUAGACGACGAACGUUUAUACAAAUUUACGUAUUUGUAAGCUAGUGUUUAAUAAAAACGAGAAUUAGGUAGAAGUUUACUAACUAAAUGAAUUUUUUAACACGUAAAGAAUGGAGGUAAUUGAGCUUGUCUCAGAUGAAGAAGCUGCAGAAGACAGUACAAAAAAAAAUAAAAGUCCAAAAAUUUGUAACAGUAAUUGUAUAAAUUUUCAAUGUUCAUCUGGAGUGGAAAUGAGAUCAGCUCCUUCAUUUGCAUGUGCUUUUUACGGCGUGAACACAGAAAAGAAGAAAAAACGCUUAAUAUGUAAAAAGUGUUUUAAUGCGGCAUUAGAUCAUCAAAAGCAAUUGGUCUCAGCCUUUGUGGAUCAUAAACCAUUAUUAAAGUGUGAAUUUCCUGAUCAUACAAUGGAAGUAGAAAUAUCUGAUAGUGACGAAUCAGACGAUGAAAAAAAAAAUGACAUAUGUGAUGAGGAUAAAUACCUGCCAAAGGAAAUGCUUGAGAGCGUGGAAGAAAUGUUAGAUAGUACUUUAAAAAAUAUUAUUGAGAAAUAUGAUGUUGAUUAUCAAAUAAAGGAAUCCCAUGAUAUACUAAAAAAACAAUGGGAUAAAAUAAAUGAAGAGAAAGAAGUUUUGGACAAAACAGUUAAAGAUUUAAUGCGUACUAUGGAUACACUGCGUAACAAUUUAUACAAUGAAUACAGGCCACAAAUUCAAAUGCUUCAAGAGCUUCAAAUAGAUGAUGGGAUUUCGGAUAAUGCUUUAUACCCAUUGGUGGCUACGAAAAAAGUUACACAAGUGCGAGUACCACCUGCGAUACUACAAGAUAGUCAACCAGAGAUUUUACCUAUCGAGCAAGACAAUAAGCAAAUUUUAGCGUUGGAUUUACCUCCAACUGGUCCACUUGUGAAACCACAAGUAGAAAUAGAUUCUAUUGUCUAUAUUAUGAAACAUCCACUUAUGCCAUGGAAUAAAGCAAAGGUGCAUACUAUAGUUUCGAGAAUUCCACUGCACUGUCGUGUAAAGUUACUGCAGAAGAAGUAUAAUUCAAUUGUGAAAUCUGUUCCUGGCAAACAACUUGCACCUGCUGUAACUAGUCAAGUGAUAAUUCCAGUUGGUACUAGAGUAGUUGCGGUCUUUAGAGAUGUUACGUCUAGUAACUUUUACAGUGGUGUUAUAGCAGAACCACCGAAAGCUACAAACAAAUACAGGUAUUUGAUAUUCUUUGAUGACGGAUAUGCUCAGUAUGUUGAGCACAACCACAUUUAUUUAGUUGCUGAAUCUUCUUCCAAGGUAUGGGAAGAUAUUCCGAACGAAUCACGAGAAUUUGUGAAAAAGUAUAUUGAAACAUAUCCUGAAAGGCCAAUGGUAAAAUUACAAACGGGACAAGUAGUAAAAACAGAAUGGAAUGGCAAAUGGUGGAUUGCCAGGGUAGUACAAGUAGAUGCGAGUUUAGUACAGAUGCAUUUUGAUGCUGAUGGCAGAACAGAGUGGAUUUAUAGAGGAUCCGCCAGAUUGGGGCCUCUGUAUCUUGAACUCUUGAAAGCAAAUGCUAGGCAACAAGGACAUCAUGCUUCUGUUAAUACUCCAACACGACAUAGACUUCCUGCUAUUACCAAUAAAAGUAAUUUACCUUAUGUAGAAUAUACAUCUAAUGUAGAACCAGAAGAAGAUAGAAUUUCUCAAGCAGAAAAAGCACAAAGUGUUACAGUUAAUGAAAACAUAAGUGUUACUACUCCCAGUGCACCACAACAAGCGCGUGCCGUUGCAAGGAAGAGUACUACUAAAAAGCAAAAUGUUGUUGACACGAACGCGUAUAAUCCGAGUACAGAAACGAAACCUUCGCAUAGCAUAGUUUAUUAUCAAACGCAAAAUAAGAUUCAGACGAAAAAGUUUGUUCCACAUAAAUGUGGUCCACAAUGUGUUCAAGGUAUAUCAUUCACACCUGAUGAUUUAAGAGGAUAUUCACCUCUCUCGAUUCCAUUACUCUGUGGUUGGAAUCGACAACUUUGUAAAUAUCCGAAAGGUAAAAAAAUUACAUUGUAUCAAGCACCAUGCGGCAUCAGAUUACGAAAUAUGGAGGAAUUACAUCAGUACCUUCGUAAGACGGGUAGUCCAAUGUCUGUUGAUUUAUUUGACUUUGAUCACUGGGUACAUUGUUUGGCGGAGUUUGUUUUAGAUAAAUGUUUCAUCAAUAUAAAAGAUCUUAGUUACGGAGUAGAAAAUGUACCCAUACCGUGUGUCAAUGAAUUGGAUCAUACUCAACCAGAUACUAUUAGUUAUAGUACUAAAAGGGAACCCACUGAAGGUGUCAACCUUAAUCUAGAUCCGAAUUUUCUAUGUAGCUGUGAUUGCGAAGACGAUUGUCAAGACAAAACAAAGUGUCAGUGCUGGCAAUUAACAAUACAAGGUGCGACUCUUGGAGGAAGAGUACCGAAUACGUCUGUUGGUUAUGUGUAUAAACGUCUACCAGAACCAGUAACCACUGGAAUUUAUGAAUGUAAUUCAGGAUGUAAAUGUGCUGUAAAAACUUGUCUAAAUAGGGUGGUGCAACAUCCGCUAACAUUAAAAUUACAAGUGUUUAAAACAGCUCCCAGGGGUUGGGGCAUUAGAUGUCUAAAUGAUAUCCCUCUGGGCUCGUUUGUUUGUAUAUACGCAGGAAGAUUGCUUACGGAACAGGGAGCCAAUGAAGGUGGCAAAAAUUACGGAGAUGAAUAUUUGGCUGAAUUAGAUUACGUUGAAGUAGUGGAAGGAAUUAAAGAAGGUUAUGAGAGUGAUGUCCUUGAGCCAGAAAUGCCAAUAUCUACUCCUGAAGAUAAAAAAAAGUCCAUGACAAGCGAUGAUGAAGACUACACGAGAGCAAAUACAAAUGAUUCAGAUGAGGAUUUUGAUAUUAGUAAAUAUGCAAACUUCAAUGUAGUUCGUUCAGAUCCUUCAUCCAUCAGAAAACGACUUAGAAAACGAAAACGAGAAGAGAUUACUAUCCUAGACGAAUCAGAAGAGAACAGUGAAGACGGAGUUAUUACUAAAAAUUCUGAAACUCUUUCGAAACCAUCAGCUAGUGAAAAUCGUUCGAAUGAUCAAGAGGCAAUCACGAUAAGCGAUGAAGAAGAAAAUAGAAUUGGUAGACGUGAACCAAGUAGAUUUGAUCCUACAGUUGAGCCAGCACAAUUAGAGAGGCCUAAGUUUAAGUCGGUGAGAGAUUUCUUCGGCGAGGAUGAAGCUGUUUAUAUAAUGGAUGCUAAAACAACAGGGAAUAUUGGACGGUAUUUAAAUCACUCUUGUGAUCCGAACGUUUUUGUUCAGAAUGUAUUUGUUGACACGCACGACGUGAGAUUUCCAUGGGUGGCAUUUUUCGCUUUAAAUUAUAUAAGAGCGGGUCAAGAAUUAACAUGGAACUAUAGUUAUGAUGUCGGAAGUAUACCGGGUAAAGUUAUCAUAUGCAAGUGUGGCGCAUCUAAUUGUAGAGGUCGACUUUUAUAAUAUAUGCAACACUUUAUCUAGGAAGAAUAAAAUUAGGAUUCUUACAUUUAUGUUUUCUAAGUCUCUCUUCUUUUUAAGUACGCAUUCUAUAGUACUAAACUGUAAGAUUAAAAAAAAUAAUAAAAUUGUGAGUAGAAAAUUUAUAUAUAGAUUAUAUUCAUGUUUGUUUUGUUAUAUUUAUUAUUCAUUAAAAUAUAAGCUAAUUUACAAAAUAAAGCAGGCUUGUCGCGCAGAACAAAUUAUAUUGCAUUUUGUAAAUUGUAAUGUCUCUUCCUGAGAUAAUUUCAAUAUGUUAUUACAAUGCAUUCUUUUAUUAUUCUAAACAACGUAAGGUUUCUGAAAAGAUAUAUCUAUAAUAUAUUUUAUGACUAUCGAAGGUAAUACAGUCUUCGCAUUUUUUAAUAAUUGACAUCGGGUAAAUGAAUCUUUAUGUAUAUGAGAAGGCUCUAAACAUUAUUCUGAAAAUUCCAUUAGCAUAUUAUAAUCGGUAUUGAAUUAAUAAAUAAGUGAUAAACAUAUGGGUGUAAUAAUAAAGUACAACUGUAUACAUAACAAUGAUGCAAUUGGCUUAUUAUUUUUGAUUAUUGUACACCUUUUAAAACCUUUUUAGACAUGUCAAGUAAUUAGUACCAUCAAGAUAGCUCUUUAAUCUCAUUCUAUAGUUUAUAUUUUCCUUGAAACUCAGUUAAAUUAUGUAUU